AUGCAGGAAAUGACGUCACUGAACGAAUCACGUGAUCUCCACGUCAGCGGGAUGAACGGCACAAUGACGACACAGCUGGUGAGCGACGCCACGCGGGAGAUGUUCAUCUUGGUGAACCACGUGGUCUUGAGCACGUCUAUCUGUCUGAUGGGCAUCGUGGUCAACAUCCUCAACAUCUGCGUCUUCGUGAAGCAGGGCCUCAAGCGGUCAACCAACUCCAGCUUCUUCGCCAUGGCCGUCUCGGACCUGUGCGGCGUCCUGACCCAGGUCUGGCACAACUUCUGUCUCGACCCGUACGUCGACCGGCUGCAUCUGCCGGUUGACUUCAUGGACGUUCAGUACUUAACCGCCGGCUGGCCGAAUUCAUGUCUGGUCCGUAUCACCGGUUGGAUAACCGUCUACAUCACGGCGGAGAGGUGCUUGUCUAUCGCGUUACCGCUGAAGAUCAAACAAAUCGUUACACCACGAAGGACGGCGUGUGUACUGGUGUUUAUAUACGCCAUCAACAUCGCCUCGAUACUCCCGCUCUACUUCUCUGCUUACUUCAGCUGGAACUUCUACCCCCUCUACAACACAACAAAACUCGGGAUCUCCUUCCGGCCGAACAAACUUGAAAUCGAAAGUUUAAUUUUCAUAUUCCAAGCCUCGCUAGCCAUCACGGCUUUCAUUAGCGUCAUCAUUUUCACUUCCGUCUUGGUCGUCAAGCUCAAGAAAAAAUCAAAAUGGCGGCAAAAAUCAACAUUCGACAAAGACCAAACCGAGUCUAUGUCAAACCGUGAAAGACGGACCGUCAGUUUGAUCAUCCUGGUCGCGACAGUUCUCAUCGUCUGUUACUCGCCUGCUGUCGUCUGCUCCAUCACGACGACGCUGUACCCGGCGUUCAGCAUCACGGGCCCGCAGUCCAACCUGUUCCACAUCGCUUGGUCUUUCGGCUUCCUGUGCCACUCCAUCAACUCGAGCGUGACCAUCUUCUUGUACUACAGCAUGAGCAGCAAGUACCGCGCCACCUUCAACCAGCUGUUCCCGCUCUGCGCAUGCUCGUCGGCUGCUGACUCAGAUGAGUCGUCUGUCCAACGGACGUCAGAAAGUGGCGUGGGCAGCGUACAAAGUGUAGUGAGCAGCGUACAGAGUGCCCGUAUCUGA